UGGUCCCGGGCGGUGCCGGCCGCCCCCGCUCCCGGCCCGGCCGGGGGCCGCGACCAUGGGCAUCGCCGAGUCCACCCAGGACGAGCUGCCGUCGGACGCCGAGGAGCAGCUGAGCGACGGCGAGCAGAUGCUGGAGCUGAGCGGGCGGCGGCUGCGGCGGCUGCCCGGGCCGGUGUGCGCCCUGGGCGGGCUGCGGAAGCUGUACGUCAGCGGCACCGGCCUGCGGGAGCUGCCCGACGAGAUCGAGGAGCUGCGGGAGCUGCGCAUCCUGGCCCUGGACGCCAACAAGCUGGAGGAGGUGCCCGAGGGGCUCUGCCGCCUGCCCCGCCUCACCCGCCUCUACCUGGGCGGCAACCGGCUCCUGGGCCUGCCCGCCGGCUUCGCCCGGCUGCAGAGCCUGCGCUGCCUGUGGAUCGAGGGCAACUACCUGCGCCGCUUCCCGCGGGUCCUGCUCCGCCUGCCCGCCCUCCGCUCCCUGCAGAUGGGCGACAACCGGCUGCGGGGGCUGCCGGCCGAGCUGCCCCGCAUGACGGGCCUGCGGGGCCUGUGGCUCUACGGCAACCGGUUCGAGGAGUUUCCCGUCGUGCUGUUGCGCAUGGGCCGCCUCCGCAUCCUCGACCUCGACCGCAACGGGCUGGGGGGCUUCCCGGACCUCCAGCCCCUCGGGGCCCUGCGGGUCUUCUCCUACGACCACAACCCCGUCGCCGGGCCCCCCCGGGUGGGCGACGGGGUCUUCCUGGUGGGCGAGGGCGCCGCCGAGCGCAACGCCGACAGGGGCGGGAGGGGGCGGACCCCGAGCCGGGCCCGCCCGGGGCCCGAGCCCGACGACGAGGGAGAGGACGACGACGACGACCUCCAUCACCACGACGACGACGACGACGACGACGACGAGGAGGGCCGCGACAGGGCCCGGCCCGGCGGCGGGAGGGCCUUCGAGAACGGCGCCUCCCGGCCCGGCCUCGCCCCGCCUAGGGGUCACCGACCCGACGAGACCUGAGCCCGCCCCCGGGCCCCCGGUGACGGUCGUUGGGCCUCCCCGGCCCUCGGGGGACCGGGCCUCGACCCCCGGCAGCCGCCGCGGCCGACCAGACCCGACCUCACGCCCGGGCCCCCGGUGACGGUCGUUGGACCUUCCCGGCCCACGGGGGCCCGGGCCUCCACCACCGGCAGCCGCUGUUGGCCGUGAGCCCCGCCGCCCUCAGUUUCGGGCCAGUGGGCCACGGGCGGGCGAGGGGAGACGACCCCUCGUCUCCCACCCCCACCCCGGGAGGGCAGCGACAAAAAAGUGGAGGGGUGGCGGAGGGGUGGCACUUCCCGCCGGUCCCACGGGCGCUGCUGAGCGAAGGAAUCCCACCGCCCCUCAGGGGCGGCUGGACAGUCGCCCUCAGGAAACACCCCUCCUCGCCCGUCUAUCCCCCGCACCCUCUUCAGCCCAGGCCCGGUCAAUGGUCAAGCAAGGGGAAGCCCCUCUCCCCCAGAUCGAGGACAGCUGCCUCCUAUGGAACCCACCUCCCCUUCAGGUCCCAGGCAGCCACGGGAGGACCCGAGGCCUCCAGCUUCUCGCCGGGAAGGCCCGGGGCGAGGGCCGAGAAAGUUCCGGCUCUUAUCGGGACCGUGGAUGGCCACCACUCACCCGUGACAGCCCACUGCCCGUCUGCCGGGGCCGGGGACGGCUGUUCGCCACCACCCGAGCCCCCCAACCCAGGGACCGGGGGCCUCUACCUCCCACUAGACCGUGGACAGCAUUCCCACCCCGAUAACCCCGACUCGGAAAGCCUAGCGACGGACGCCGCCUCUUCCUUCAGAUGGGUCUGUCCCUGGGAGACGGGAGCCCCUGUUUGGAGCCGGAAGACCGGGACAGGUGCUACCCAAGCCUCUUCUGAGGGGCUGAUCUCUAGGAGGGAAACUCAAAUUCCCUGGGCUCUUUCUCAUCGAGGCAUCAUCCCUCUGCAGGGAUACCAACCUACAAUAUAUAUACCUCCUCUGACUGCCGGUCUCGGGGACCUUUUGUGAACCCGGUUUUCGUCCACAAAGGCGGGGAAGGCACGUCGGUGAGCUCUUUGCCCUUUUCUUUUCUGGGACUCCGGGACCCCCGAGGUCUGGAGGGUUGCCGCUCCCUUCUCCUCCCGAGGUUUGUCCCGGCCUGCUACUGGAAUCACACUGGUAGGAAAUCUGUCCCCGAGCAGCUCCUUCCAGCUGUCAAGUUUGAAAAGAAGCCGAUGUGCCCUCCUCGCCUCGGGAAGGGCUCUUGGUACGGUGGGAAUGGGAGUCCACGCUCGGCCUCGCCGGCUCCCUGCUCUCUCCAUGCCCUUAAAUGGGCACGGGCACGGGCACCGCCACGGAGCGGAGGAACGGCAGGCCGGGUUGAGCAUGAGGGACUGGGCUAGGGACUCCCCACCUCGCUUCUCCUUUCGGAGAGACAGAGCCGAGGUUUAGCUCUGAAGAUCCCCCCCGCCCCCCCCCCCCCACCACUUCCAACCUACUCCCAUCCCCAACCCCUUCCCCAGGACCAAAACAACCACCAAAGCAAUAAAGGCAGAAUCAGGAGCUGCUGGUGAAACUGAGGUGGAGAGAAUCAGGGAGGAAACUCAGGGACGCUGCCAGGGGACAGAGCCAAAGCAAUGGAUGGUUUUCCUUAAAAAAGGAAAAAAAGGCUGUAAACAUAAAUUAUAUUUCCUGGAGAACUAA